UAUUGUGCUGCUUCUGCGGGACAACGUUAUUAGGGAGUAAUGGGUGUGUUGUAAAAUGCAAGUUAUUCAUGUCAAAGUUGAAGUGGACUGCUUUCUGUUUCUAAGUUGAAGUUCAAGUUGUAGUUCUAGGCGUAGUACCUACCAGCGCGCCACCAUGCUGGACAUUACUGUGAAGACGCUGGACUCGCGUAACCACCAGUUCUCGGUGGCCGACGACACGACGGUGAAGGCGUUCAAGGAGCACAUCGCCACCGAGGUGGGCAUCGCUGCCGGCCAGCAGCGGCUCAUCUACUGCGGCCGCGUGCUGCAGGACGAGCGGCCGCUCAGCUCCUACGAGGUGCACGAGAAGGUGGUGCACCUGGUGCAGCGUCCGCCGCCCGGCCGCCACCCGCCGCCGAGCUCCGCGCCGCCCCCGCAGCGCGGCCACCACCACCACGUGCACCACCACCAUCACCAUCACCACGCGCACCCGCCGCCCGUCAGCCAGUUGCUGGUGGGGUCCUUCUCGCUGCCGGACCGGCCGACCGGCACACCGGCGCUGGGCACCUCGUCCAGCGGAGCGCGCCUCUUCCAGGCGCGGCAGAUGGUGCAUCUAGCUAACAUUGUUCUAGAUGCGUAUGAUAAUAAUGAGGAGAUCCCGCGUCCGGCCGUCGCGCCUGUGCCGCCUCCGCCGCCGCCGCCGCGGCAUGUGCCACCUCAACAACAACAACAGCGGCAGCAGCAGCAGCAGCGGCAACAGCAGGCGGCUCCAGGGCAGGGUGGACAGCAGGGUCAACAGGGAACCGGUCCGCGUCAACAGGCCGGAACCGGCCCGCGCCCGCCGCACAUCGCUCAGCUAUUCCCGAUGAUCAACGUACAGGUGGGCGCGGCGGGCGGCGCUGAUCUGCAGCAGGCCACCACGGCGGCCCUCUCCGCCGCGCUGAGCGCCGCCUCCAACGCGCUGCCGAUGGUCGGACUGAUCCCGGGCGCCAUGGGACCGGCUGGCGGCCGACUCCAGUUCCACAUCCACCGGCCAGGCGCGCCGCCGCCUCCGGGACAGCCCGCCGGCGCCAGACCGGCCGCCCCGAGCGCCUCAGGACCGGCCGCGCCGGCCCCCGCGACCACCGCCGCGCCGGGAUCAGCCCCGACCGCCUCUCCGGCCUCCGGGACGACAUCUGCACCGGCCGGGUCGUCAGCCGCGCAGCCGACAACGGCGACAGCGAGCACGGCCGGCGCCGCCGGGACUGCGGCGGGUCCCGGCGCGGCGGGAGCGACGGGCGGUGCCGGAGCAGGCACCGGGGCAGCGUUCGUGGCCCACCCGAGCGCAGCUGUGUACGCCCACCUGCUGGAGAUGAUAGCCGACCUGCAGACGCGGCUGCGGCCGUACCUGGUGCGCUACCGACGGCUGCUGAGCGACGACCGACCGUGCGCGGACGCGGCGGCCGUGCGCGACGCGCGUCGCCUCUUCCAGCACACCUCCGAGGCGAUGCACUACCUGUCGCACGCGCUGCACCUCAGCAGCGACAUGAUGGUCGAUUUUGAGCAGGUGCCGCCGCGUCACAUGCGUGCCAGGCCGAUUAUCUUCACUGAGACGCACCCGAUGCCGCUGCAGCCGAUGCAAGCUCACAUCAACAUAACAACCAACAUCCAUCGGGAGGGAGCGGGCGGUCCGGCGCCGCCAGCUGCCGGUCAGGAGCCGCCUCUGGCCACCAGUACGCCCGCGGAACCGACCCCACCCACUGUGUCUACAACAGCGACGGCCUCUUCAACGACCACUUCGUCCUCGUCGUCCGGCACGUCUGUCGGCGGAUCGGCGACUCCUGCGGCUCCGACGUCGGCACCGUCCCAGGCGGGCACCGGCGGCGGGCCGGCCGACGACCCUGCUCUGGAUGAUGCACCGAUGGACACGGAAGACGUGAAUGAGGUCCGAAUCGAACUGGAGACGGUAACUACCUCUUCAGGCCCGGCGACCGGCGCGGGCGGCGCGCCGGCCCCCGGUCAGGAUCAGUUCCUCAAUAAUAUCGUGGACGCGAUCCAGAACAGCAUGAUUGGCGCUCACUUGGAGGCUCAUGCGCCAGGUAUUCACCGUAACGUACAUGAGGCGGCGAUGGCGGCGCACCAAGCUGCCGUGAAUGCCGCGAUGAUGAUGCAUCCGCCGGCCGCUGGCGAGACGCCACCUCAGACCACUCAGCAGUCGGGAACGACGGCAGCGACUCCGAGCACCACUGCCGCAUCGAGCGCCGAGUCGACGCCUCCGCCGCCGUCGGCCGACUCCGGCGGCACGACGAGCACGACUCGUACUCGACCGACGGCCCAGCCGCAGCCGCCGCUGGGCCAGGCGCCCGUGGUGAGACACCUGGGGGCCAACCCGUUCGACCCGUUCCUGCCCUGUCACUCGUGGCACCUGGCCACUCACGACGCGCGCCGCCAGCGAUUGGUGGCACGGGAGGCUGCCGAGGAGCGCGCUGCCGCAGCUGCCGCCCCUGCUCAGCCAUCAGCUGCCUCUGAGGCGACCCCUCAGCCGGCGGCGGCAGCGUCCGGGGCGGCAGCCGCCGCUCCACCGGCCGCCAUGGAGGUAGACCUGAGCCCGAGCGCCGAGCCGGUGCGCUCUGUGGCUCCACUGCCGGCUGUGCGGCCCGGCACAGAGUCGUGGCACUACACCGUGCCGGCCGACUGGCUGGCCGCGCUCAGCCGCGACGCCGAGCUGCAGCGCCGCCACCCGCCGCGCGCGCGUCCCUUCAGCGACGGCUACCUGGCCGUGCAGCCGUCCGGACGGCGCGGAGCCCAGCUGGCCCAGAAGCCGCGCGGCUCGCCUGCGCAGCUGGCCCAGCGGUGUGCCGCUGAGGCGCUGGAGGCUUGCCGACUGCCCACGGCAUCCGGUGGCGGCCAGGCGCUCCUCGCCGCUGUCGCCGAGGACCCGCAGGUGGCGGACGCGGCGCGGCGCGUGGCCGUGGCGACACUGGCCGAGACGGUCAACGAGAGCCCGGCGUACCGACAACAGCCGGCCCGCUACCCGGACGUCGGGAAACUAACCAAGGAAGAGUGACGGGUGCGGCGGCCGGCGCCGGCGGCAGCGGGCGGUGAGAGACGUUCGGCGCCGGCCGGGGACCGCUGGCACCGGGGACGGGCGAGCGGGACGGACAGUGAGGGUGUGACGUGCGGACGGCGCCGGCAGGGACCGACUCGGGGUGCAGAACACGCGGCGCUGAGUGAUGAUGAUGUGAUGAGAUUUAAGUUUCUGGUCCCGUCAGCGGGUAGCGCAGAGGAGAUGGUUUGUUGAAAAUGUGCUCGACUGGCGGGCUGCGUGGCUGUUCAUCAUGGCGAACUGAAUUAUUGAGGAGGCCAGUUGCUUUCAACCGUUAUUGAGACUGCCAUUUCUUCAAAAUUAGGCUGUCUGGGAUACUGACGCGAAGCAGGCUGUUCGGACUUCGGAGUAGACUUCUAACGGGGACGAGAGCCGCUGCGGCGACAUAUCAGUUACAUGGUGUGUGGUGUCUGGAACACGCCGUCUGCGACAGCCGGUGUCCUGAAUGGGACGGUAGACCGGGGCAAUGACUGAUGGACCGAGUCCGGCUUGCCACCUGUCUCCGCGCGGUGUAUACGGUCAGACCUGGCUCAGUCAGACACUGACCCUGCCGUCCGCGUUCUGCUGGUCUGCUCAGUCUCCUCCAGCCGCGGCAUUGUCUCCCGUCUCUUCUCUCGUCUCCGACCUGUCUCCAGUCGUCUUUUUACCACGACCUCCGAUCAUCUCUUACGAGCCUGCGACGCGAGUGUAAGUGCUAGUGCAAGGAUUAAAUACAGAUAUGUGGCUGGGAUAUGAUCGAUGCGAAUUAUGGGCGAGUGUAACUAAGAAGGUCGGGUGUAGCUUGUUGAGCUGAUUGAUUGGGUAGCGAUACACCUGACUUUCACUGCGGUGAAGUGACUGAAUCUGAAUGAGACUAGCGUUCGGAAAUGACCUACGCGCGUCAGUAACUGUCACGCUACCACGUCCAUCAUGCCCCGUUAUCAGCGUGUGAAUGAUGUGCUGCAACACCGUGUGACUGCCGACGUCAAGCUCAGCAGCUGUGCGGCGUUACGUCCCGGCGAGGGGCGGCCUGUGUGGGGUCGUACCGGGCGGGUGUGCCCUGUGGUGGGUGGAGGGAUUAAACGCCGACCGGCCGCAGCGUGACGUGGUCGAGAGAUGCAGUUCACUAACGCCAUUACGCGCGUCACUGCAGGCGUGACGCUGCGUGGGGGACACGCGAGCUCGAUUCUUACGGGCAUAGAACGUGUCGGUUUUAUGCAUUAAUCCGAGAUGAUACAUUGGCAUAUUUAAUUGAUUUCAGUUUGAUGAGCAAAUAUAUAGUUCACAAAAAAGGUU